GACGCACAACACCGCCCCACUUCUCGGCCCUAACUUCAAUCAAUGAUCAACGGAAAAGUGCGUGGAUGUAAAAGGAACGGGGGUGUAUAUUCUGAUCCUUCAUAAGGAAAUUCAAGUUUCAAUUUGACGAAAAUAGAAUGAAAAUCAAUGUGCAACUAUUUUAAAGUGUCUUGAUUCAUUGGAUGAGGAAAGAGCGCCGUUGAGACUGAAAAAUAUGGUCAGAGGUUUCCAAGAGAAGCAAUAUCAGUUAGCAGCUCAGAAACGACACGAGGCCGAUCUCAAGUGUAACUACUAUAAGCAGACGGUAAAGUUCUUUGAACGUGAGAGUGAAAUCGCCAAGCACUUCAACUCUUGGAACUUAAACCAAAAGUCGUCCUAUCUCGAGAAGUCCCUCAAAGCUGAAAAAUUACGAGAACGGCAGGGUCAACUUAGAUCGAUACUGAAAAUCGAAGAGGAGCAGUACGAAAAGGAACUGAAGGCACUUAAAUCGAACAAAAAGCCGCUGCAAGAUUUUUCCAUUGAAGCUUUAAAACAGAAGUUGAAGGAAAAGAAAGCUGAGGAAAGUCUUUAUCUUCCGAGAGACUGUCGACGUCUUCAAUCAUAUUUUUAUAAUACGAGAGAUUGCUCUCCUCUGAAUAAUAAUUUGCAGUCCUCUAGAAGGAGUAUCGAUUCCAGAAUGAAUCUCCGAGACACCUGUCCGUGGAGCAUUGCUCCCCAGAGCAAAAGUCCUGCCAAAAGUCCUAAACAUGAUGAAGCCGCAGGAAAGUCCACUGGUGUACUCAAUGAGCCAUACUUCAUGAAUCUGGAGUACCACCAAACUGGUCAAAAUGCACAACUCUUAGGAUCAGGAAUGAAAGAGUUGCUACAUGAAGGUGGUCAUCAGGAGCCUGAUCCUAAAUACACUGCUAGAUACAAUCGCAGAACUCUAGAGCAAACAAACCUUCGAGGUCGGGGUGAAGAUCACAAUCCUUACAAUUAUCAGAAUCAGGACUCGCCAAUAAACUCUCCCGAACGAAAAUCGAUUUCAGUUUCACCCGCCAAUGGACAAUUCUAUGAAGAUGAGACUGAUUAUCAACGAGAGAUCAAUACUAUUCCUGAAGAUGAUAAUGUGGAAAAUGGUACAAUUCAAGGAAAUGGGAAGCAUCAGGAGGUUGAAGGUCUUCAGGAUGUCGAAGUAUACCAAAAGUCUCUGAAUGGAUCUGAACAUUCUGAGUCAACUUCUUCAGUUCAAGAAGGUAUUGAGAAGUGUACUGCGAAACUGGCCCUAGAUUCAGAAAAUGCUCGUGAGAAAACUUCGUGUGAGAAUUAUGAGAGGGAGAGAAGCUUGCCGUGGAUGAGAGAUGGACCUAGAGAACAAAAUCUUUCCGUUCAGAUGUUCCGCUAUCUUGCUCAUAAUGAUUUGAAGCGUCAGAUUUUGGAUUUGGGACAACGAGAGCUUCUGGCUUGCAGGAAGCAGUGGUGGUCUCAGGCUUUGAGACUCAGAGACAUGAGGAACCGAUUGGAAUUGAUGCGAGAGAAGAAUCUUUAUAACACGCUAGAUCUGCAUUUGGAUGAGGAGUCGAAGAAAGUUGGACUAGGAAGCAUUGGAUUGAGGGAACUUCGUGUUACUGAAAGAGAAGAAGUCUGCAAGAAUUCUGCUAUCUAUGAUGAGGAUGCCAAAGACAUCUGGAAGAAGUGGGUUCUCGAAGACGAGGACAUCACCAAACUCAAUCCUCCAGAACAGAGAGAAGUUUUGCUCAGCCAUCUGGAAGAAGAAUGGAAGAAUUUGGCUAUUAAGGACAAGGAUCGAGUUUCUGAUCUCUACCAGAAUAUCAUAUCCAAGUCUGAAUUGCAAAAUGAGCACAAACUUUCCGAAGCAAUCAGGGCUGCUGCUUUAGCCAGUGCAACAGAUUCACACUAAUUUGACUAAGAAAUACGCCAGCCAGCCGGCUUGACAGGGGGGGGGGGGGGGGGGGGG